AUGGCGGAGACGGAGAGGAUGAGUUGGGGGCGCACGGUGGCGGGUGGGAGGUGGCGGUGCUGCUGGUGUAGGGGAAGAGCUGCAGGAGUGAGCGUGCUCUUCAGACGAGGACCGGCGUCCUCCGCUAGGGAACCGGGGAAGGCAGGGGAUUGGGUAAUGAGCGUGCUCUUCCAUGGACGCCAUCCAGGUGCUCGAUGGAAUGUCUCAAAGAAGGCUGAGAAGGAAACAAAGACGCCCCUGGUGUCAACUAGCGAUUCGACGGCUCUCGAGUACGCUGUCCAUGCUCUUGCACGGGAUGCACGGGAACGGGACUUGUACAGGUUUCAUCUGAAUCUGAAUGAGUGGUCAACCAAAUUAGUCACAGCGGCACAGCCUCAGCUCGGAGCCUCGGUGCUCCAGCAGAUUCCCCCCAUGGCAGCGGCGCGAGGGGAGGGGAGGCUCGUCGACGACCUGCGGGACUUCCUGGAUGACUUCACCUUCAGGGCCAAGCGAUUGGCCGCGCCGUUACUGCACAAGUUCGGGCCCUCCUCCGAGCCGAGCGCGGUCGACGACGGCGAGCUUGACAAGCUCAGGUCCAGGCUCCGGCGCAUCCGCGCCACGCUCCGGGCCGCCGAGGACCGGGUGGUGGCCGACGAUUUCGUCGCGCUGUGGCUCCGGGAGCUCCGAGACCUGGAGCACGCGGCCCAGGACGUGCUCGAGGAGCUCGAGUUCGAGGCGCUCCGCGCGGCGCGCCUCGAGGGGUUCAAGGCCCAUCUGCUCCGCACCAGCGCCAGCGCCGGCGGCAAGCGGAAGCGCGAGCUCAGCCUGAUGUACUCCUCCUCCCCCGACCGCGUCAGCCGCAAGAUCGCCAAGAUCAUGGAGCGGUACAACGAGAUCGCGAGGGACAGGGAAGCGCUCCGGCUGAGGAGCGGCGAUGGGGAGAGGCGGCACGAGGUCAGCCCCAUGACGCCCACCAGCGGCUUGAUGAAAUGCCGGCUUCACGGAAGGGAGCGGGACAGGAGGCAGGUCGUUGAGCUGUUGUUAUCUGGCGAAGCUAAUUGCUAUGAUGUCUAUUCUGUUGUUCCCAUCGUUGGGCCGGCCGGUGUUGGCAAGACUAGUUUAGCACAGCACAUCUACAAUGACGAAGCCGUCAGCUCAAACUUUGACAUUAAGAUGUGGGUAUGGGUGUGCCAACAGUUCAAUGUCCUGGAGCUUACAAGGAAACUCACCGAAGAGGCCACGGAGUCCCCUUGUGACUUCGCCGACAUGAACCAGAUGCAUCGUGUCAUCACUAAUCAGCUGAAUGGGAAGCGGUUCUUGCUUGUUCUUGAUGAUGUGUGGGAUGAAAGCCAAGACCGCUGGGCGAGCUUGCAGGUGCCUCUGAAAUGUGCUGCUCCUGGGAGCAAAAUUAUAGUGACCACUAGAAGCACUAAAGUUGCCAAGAUGAUGGCUUUGAAGAUACACCAAUUGGGGUACCUGUCUGAUACCAGCUGCUGGUCUGUCUGCCAAGAUGCUGCCUUGCGAGGCCAUGAUCCCAGUAUUAUCGAUGACAGCCUUAUCCCCAUUGGUAAAUUGGUUGCGGCAAGGUGCAAAGGCUUGCCGAUGGCUGCAAAUGCAGUUGGUCAUGUUUUAUCCAGUGCAAUUGAUAGGAAUCAUUGGGAGGCUGUUGAGCAGAGCGAUUUUUGGAACAGUGAAGUGGUUGGGCAGACCCUUCCUGCUCUUCUUGUGAGCUACGGUAGCCUGCAUAAGCACUUGAAACACUGUUUUUCUUAUUGCUCGCUAUUCCCAAAAGAGUAUUUGUUUAGAAAAGACAAGCUGGUCCGUCUAUGGUUGGCGCAAGGCUUUAUUGAAGCAGACAAAGAACGUCAUGCUGAAGAUGUUGCGUGCAAGUAUUUUGAUGACCUUGUGGAGAAUUUCUUUCUUCUGAGGUCACCAUACAAUGAUGAGAGGUUUGUCAUGCAUGACCUCUAUCAUGAGCUUGCUGAAUAUGUAUCAGCCAAAGAAUAUUCCAGGAUAGAGAAAUCUACAUUCAGCAAUGUAGAAGAAGAUGCUAGACACUUAUCCUUAGCUCCAAGUGAGGACCACUCGAAUGAAAUUGUGCAAUUCUAUGCACUCCAUAACCAAUAUCUGAAAGAAUCUCUUACCCCUGGCCUGCGAACAUUAUUGAUUGUUCAAAAGGAUGAUUUCAAGAGUGAAGGAAAUACUUUGUACAUAAACUUCCCAAGUGGCCUGUUCAGGCUUCUUGGGUCUUUGAGGGCUCUCGACUUGAGUAGUACCAACGUAGAGCACCUGCCACACUCUGUUGGUGAAUUGAUACACCUUAGGUACCUCAGUCUUGAAAAUACCAAAAUCAAAUGCCUACCAGAGUCAAUAAGCGCACUCUUCAAGUUACAUUCGUUGAGUCUCAAAUGCUGCAAUAGCCUUGGUGAAUUACCUCAGGGGAUCAAAUUCCUCACUAAUCUAAGGCAUCUGGAACUGCCAUCCAUGGAUAACUGGAAUAUGUACAUACCAUGUGGAAUUGGUGAAUUAACAAACCUACAGACAAUGCAUGUGAUCAAGGUCGGAAGUGAUUCAGGCAGCUGUGGGAUUGCUGACUUGGUUAACUUGAAUAAGCUUAAGGGAGAGCUAUGCAUCUCAGGAAUAGAGAAUAUCACAAGUGCACAAAUUACUCCUGAAGCUAGCAUGAAGAACAAAGUUGAAUUGCGCAAAUUGAUUCUCCACUGGUCUUGCGUCAACUCCAUGUUUUCUGAUGAUGCAUCCUCUGUUUUGGAUAGUCUUCAACCUCACUCUGAUCUAGAGGAAUUGACUAUCAGGGGCUUUUGUGGUGUCAGAUUUCCUUUAUGGCUGGGGAAUGAGUAUAUGUUUAGCUUGUCCAUUUUAGAACUAAAAGAUUGUCUGAACUGUAAAGAACUGCCAUCUCUUGGUCGGUUACCUUGUCUCAAACAUCUUUCAAUCAAUUCGCUCACCAGCAUAAAGCAUGUGGGACGAAUGCUUCCUGGCCAUGACGAAACUAACUGUGGUGAUUGUAGAUCCAGCACCAGCAGAGCCUUUCCUACAUUGGAGACACUGAAGUUCAUGAACAUGGAUUCCUGGGAGCUAUGGGAUGAGAUUGAGGCCACAGACUUCCGUUGUCUUCAGCAUCUCACCAUCAUGAGAUGUAGCAAACUGAACAGGCUGCCCAAGCUCCAGGCACUGCAAAAUCUUCGUAUAAAGAAUUGUGAGAAUCUACUCAACUUGCCAAGUUUCCCAUCCCUCCAAUGUAUUAAAAUUGAGGGUUGCUGGUGUGUUAGUCAAAUAAUGCAGCUCCGAAUAUUUUCUCAUAUUGAGACAUUAGAACUCCGUUGUCACAAGAAACUUGUAUCAGUGAAAAAGAUCCCGAAUCCAAUCCUUCACAGUUUUAGAUUGAAGCAGGAAGGGCAGCUACAUAAGUUUUCAGGGUGUCAAGUAUUGCCUUUUCAGAAUUUGUCUGUUCAAGAUAGUCAGCUGAGACCUGUAAAGAUGUAUCAUUCCAUGCUGGACAACCUGAAGACAUUGAGCUUUUAUCCUGUAAACCAGUUUGGGUUCAAAUGGAUCAGCCAGAAGAGAUUGAGCUUAUUUGCAUAG